CAGAUUACUACUCUCACUUCUUCUUCUUCCUCUCUAAAACCCUAAUCUCCGAUCCCCCCCCCCCCUUCUUCUACCUCUAUUUCUCCUCCUCCUCCUCGGGUUCGAACCCAACCCUCUCUCUCUCUUCCUCACUCCCAAUCGAUCCCAAUCGAUCCACUCCAACCCAAUCACCCCCAAACGCGGCGGCGAUUCCUCUUCUCCUCGACGACUUGUCGUCCGAAUUGAGCGGGCUCGAUCCGCGGCUGGUCGAAUUUCCGGGGAGUAAAUUGCUAGGGUUUUAUGGGGCGCGGGGUGGUCAAGGCUGGCGGGUAUUGGGGUUAAGUAAAUGGCGGAUCCGCCAGGUAUCCGCCUCGGAGUUGUUUGUGAAUUCGGCGAGUUAGGGUUUGAAGAUUUCGAGUGAUAAAGAAAUAGAAAGAAAACUGAAGAAGCAUGCUGAGCGUGAUACGCGUGCAUCUUCCUUCUGAUAUUCCCAUUGUUGGCUGUGAGCUCACGCCUUAUGUGCUCCUGCGCCGCCCUGACAAGACUGUUACCACUGAUGAUGUGCCUGAGUCGGCCCCCAUUGAUGGCCAUUUCUUGAGAUACAAGUGGUAUCGUAUACAGAAUGAUAAAAAAGUUGCUGUCUGUAGUGUACACCCAUCUGAGCAAGCCACAUUGCAGUGUCUAGGCUGUGUCAAGGCCAAAUUACCUGUUUCAAAAAGUUAUCAUUGUUCUCCCAAGUGCUUCUCAGAUGCUUGGCAGCAUCACCGUGUUCUGCAUGACCGUGCUGCUAGUGCCGUGAAUGAAAAUGGAAAUGAAGAGGAAGAGGUUUUUGGACGCUUUAAUAGCUCAGGAUCUGGUGUUCUCAACACUAGCUUAUCUGGUUCUGUGUCAAGCACUAGCUUAACAAAUGGUUCAACACCUUUGUAUCCUGCUGCUGUUACUCAAAGGAGUGGUGGUGAAACAUGGUUUGAAGUGGGCCGCUCUAAAACUUAUACGCCAACCGCUGAUGAUAUUGGGCAUGUUCUGAAGUUUGAAUGUGCUGUUGUUGAUGUCGAAUCAAAAGUACCUGUUGGACAUGCUAAUCCAAUAUUAACUUCGCGUGUCAUUCCAGCACCCUCUCCCAGUCCACGGCGCUUGGUUCCUGUCAAUGGAGUUGACGUGAUGGGGCAUGUAGAUUCAGAUGGCCGUAUUUCAUCUUCUGGAACAUUUACUGUGCUGUCAUACAACAUUUUGUCUGAUGUGUAUGCCACUAGUGAAUCAUACAGCUACUGUCCUUCAUGGGCACUUUCUUGGCCAUACCGCAGGCAAAAUCUGUUGCGAGAAAUUGUAGGUUACUGUGCUGAUAUUGUUUGUCUUCAGGAGGUUCAAAGUGAUCAUUUCGAUGAGUUUUUCGCCCCAGAGCUGGACAAACAUGGUUAUCAAGCAUUAUACAAGAGGAAAACAAACGAGGUUUACAGUGGGAAUACACAAACAAUAGAUGGUUGUGCAACUUUUUUCCGUAGGGACAGAUUUUCCCAUGUCAAAAAAUAUGAGGUUGAAUUUAACAAGGCUGCCCAAUCUUUGACAGACGCCAUGAUUCCAACUAAUCAGAAGAAAAGUGCGUUAAAUAGAUUAGUUAAGGAUAAUGUUGCGCUCAUUGUGGUCCUGGAAGCCAAAUUUAGCAAUCAGGGAGUUGAUAAUCCUGGGAAACGGCAGCUUCUUUGUGUGGCAAACACUCAUGUAAAUGUCCACCAAGAUCUGAAGGAUGUUAAGCUCUGGCAGGUUCAUACUCUCCUGAAAGGAUUAGAAAAAAUAGCUGCCAGUGCAGAUAUUCCAAUGUUAGUGUGUGGGGAUUUUAAUUCGGUUCCUGGAAGUGCUCCUCAUACGCUUCUGGCUAUGGGAAAGGUGGAUCCGUCACAUAUUGAUUUACAAGUAGAUCCUCUAAACAUAUUGCGCCCUCUCAGCAAACUGAUACAUCAGCUUCCACUGGUUAGUGCGUAUUCAUCCUUUGCAAGGUUGGGAGUUAAUCUUGGUGUGGAGCAGCAAAGAAGGAGAAUGGACCCUACAACAAAUGAACCGUUAUUUACAAAUUGCACUAGAGAUUUUAUUGGUACACUAGAUUACAUAUUUUACACCGCGGACUCUUUAACGGUGGAGUCCUUGUUGGAGCUCUUGGAUGAAGAAAGCUUAAGAAAAGAUACAGCACUUCCUUCUCCAGAAUGGUCCUCGGACCACAUUGCACUUCUAGCUGAGUUUCGGUGCAAGCCUAGAAUUAGACGUUGACAGGUUCAGGUACGGGAGACAUCUAAGAAAAAGGCUUCAGGGAAGCCGUUGGAUGAAGUUAAGUAAUUGUAAGAUGGUAGAUCAUUCCCAAGAUCUUUUCCAGGUAUCUCGUUAUGAGAAAGAUGCUAUGAUCCACUUUGUAUUAUGCCACCUUUGUCUUAUAGAAAAGUUAUUAUGAUUCCUUGCUCAAUUGCCCAUCUCAAUUUUUGCCAAUAGAUUUUCUUAGAGAUGCUCACUGGCACAUAUAGGUCGUAUCCAUGUACUCUAAUCCCCGAAAGGCUAGUGGUUAGUGGCCUGCAUUAUUUUUCUUCUUGUCCCCAUUUAAUUUUAUAUUUUGGUCAAGGAAACAAAUAUAAGUAAUAAGAUUUUGAUCUUUUUUCUUUCUUUUCGGGUUCUUUUCUUUGGAUCAUCUUGUCUUAUGUACUGCGUGAGUUCUUUCUGUUUUCCUCAAUGAAUGAUAUUGUAAGCUGUACAUUGACCCGUGUGUGUUAACUGUGUGACGAGAGAUGUUUUUCUCAUUGUAUAAAAUGAAAAGCAAAG